GCAAUGAUAUUCAUUAUACUGUCGGGGGACGUUUGGAGUAGUGGAUCAAAGCGCGUCGGUGCGGUCGUCCUUUUAUCUAUGCACUCCUUCAGAUUGCCGCCGAUUUCUCGCAUUAUCGAUUCGAGGAUUUAAUCCAAUCUCCGUGAUUCUCUUGGAUUAUUCAACGGAUCGUCAAUAGUUAUGUUGCUUUUCGGUUGAUUUCACGAAAAAAAAUAACAUGCUGCUACCGACCAACUCGACGUCAGUCGGCUUUCAACAAGAACUUUAUCACAGUGUCACCGAAAAAACUAAGUUUUUUGCCUCCAAAUGCCUUAACAGGAGUAUUAGUCCUAGCGGUGAUAGAAUGAACGAUUCGUUUCGGGGAAGGUUCAGGUUUUGCGUUUGUACACUGCCGAGGAAAAGUAACAAAAAGACGACCAAGUGGUAUGUGAAGCAGCCCACAUGGCGACUGUGGGGCGAGGAAAAAGCCGAUGGCGCUCUCUACACCGUCUACCUCAAAAAAGUUCGUUACCAUCGACCCACGAGAAGUUUGUCAUCAUCACAUUCGGAUUCAGAUGACGAAAUCUCCCAUUUGGAAUGGGAGACGGUCCGUGUCCGUUUCGUCAAAGCUGGCACUUUGAAAAAGCUCGUCGAAGCUCUUUCAACGGACGAUGGUGAGCUUGAAACCACAUAUAUUAAUGUGUUUUUGGCCACCUAUCGGAGCUUUUCUACGCCACGUGAAGUUCUCCGACUGUUGCUUCAGCGCUACGAGGAGCUUUUAGAUGCGCCACCCAACGGGAAAAUAGAUCAGCAUGAGCAGCACCGGAAGACUCUCGUUUCGGCGCUGCACGUCUGGUUGGAUAGUUACCCGGAGGAUUUCAAGGAUCCUCCGAAUUAUACCGCACUUAACCAUUUGCUUCAUUUCUGCGAGGAGUUUCUUCCUGCGACUGAAUUACACGCCAAAGUGCAACACAGGUUGGAGAGGUAUAGCAGGGAAGCUCAAGCCGAUCCUUUGCUGGUGCCACCCCCAGCGUUUGCUUUGAGGGCGGCGGCGGCAGCAGCCGGAUGGAAAGUCUAUAAACUUCCGGAUGUACCGGUGCGACAUUUUGCCGAACAGCUUACGAGGAUGGAUGUGGACCUUUUCAAGAAACUCGUCCCUCACCAAUGCCUAGGCGCCGUAUGGUCCCGUCGCGACAAAAGCCGCUCCCAUGAGGCGGCCACCGUCUUAGCCACCGUCAACCAAUUCAACGCCGUUUCAUUCCGCGUCAUUUCGUCAAUUCUAGUCGAACCCGGUCUCAGACCCAUAGACAGGGCACAAAUAAUCACAUGCUGGAUAGACAUAGCACAAGAACUGCGCCUCAUAAAAAACUUCUCAAGUCUAAAAGCCAUCAUUUCGGGCUUACAGAGCAACCCAAUCUAUCGAUUACACCGCACUUGGCAGUCCAUACCUAAGGAAAAAAUCGAACUCUUCGACGAACUCGCCAAAAUCUUCAGCGAGGACAACAACCAGUGGACACAACGGGAAUUGCUGAUGCGCGAAGGCACAGCCAAAUAUGCCGACACAGUCGGCGAAAACGACAAACAGCUCCAGAAAAUCUUCCAGAAACAGAACCACCACACGGCGAAUAUCUCCUUCGGGACGAUUCCCUAUUUGGGGACGUUUUUGACCGACUUGACCAUGAUUGACACAGCGAUUCCCGACGUUAUUGGCGAUGGUUUAAUCAACUUUGAUAAAAGGCGCAAAGAGUUUGAGGUUUUGGCUCAGAUUAAGUUGCUCCAAGGGGCUGCCAACGCGUACCGUUUCGAUGCAGAUCCGGCUUUUGACCGUUGGUUCGAUUCGAUUUUGGUGUUGGACGAUAGAGAGGCGUACCAGCUUAGUUGUCAAAUCGAGCCGGGGAAUAACGGCUCAAAAUUGAAGAAAAAAGCGUCAGGGCAUCAGAAAAACGACUCGAUUGCGAGCACUUCGAGUAGCAACAGUUCGCAGUUUUAUUGCGAUAUUGAUAGUAUGCCCAGUUCGCCGCAUAAUAGCAUCGAUCGUAAACUGAGUCCGUCGCAAAUGUCGAAUUCGAGUAGUAAUUCGUCGCUUCCGUCGUUGGACGUUUCGUUGAAUAGUUCGCAUUCUGGUGGUGCGAGUAAUAAAUUGCAAGUUCCGUACGUGGGGAACAAUACGGGGACGUUGAGUCCGAGUCAUUCGCAGAAGAGUAGUCCAGAUUUUUAUAUUAUUAAAGUUACUUAUGAAACGGAUAGUGUGGAGACUGAUGGGAUUGUCUUGUAUAAGAGUAUUAUGUUGAGUAAUAAUGAGAGGACGCCGCAGGUUAUCAGGAAUGCGAUGUACAAGUUGGGGUUGGAAGGGAAUCCUGAUAGAUAUACGCUAGCGCAAGUUUUGCCCGAUAAAGAGAUGGUCCUUCCAUCAAAUGCUAAUGUCUACUACGCCGUGAAUCCCGCCUACAACUUGAAUUUUAUUCUGCGUCCGAAGAAAUCCGAAGAGUCUGACACUAGUAUGAAGAAAGGGAAGUGAAGCCGCUACAUAAUAGGUGCAAUUUAAUUUAAUUAAAUGGUAAAUGAAAUGAGCUGUUUUUGACAAAUAACGGAACAAAUAACAACUGUGAUAAAAAGCACAAAUACUCUCUUUUUACAUCACAUUUUACGUUUUUAUUUUUAUUUAUUUAUUGCGAUGAGGAUUUGAAAUGUGCUGAAGUAACCAUAUGGCAUGGAUUGUUUUAUUUAUUUCACUUUUUUAAAUUAAUUUAAAGCUUUACUUUUUGUGUAAUUAAUGUAAAUUAAUAAUGGGCUAAGUAUUGUAAAUGUGAACAAAUGUAAUUUAUUGUACUUAUUAAUGUAGAGUGUGUUAAGUAGGACCAACUUUUUCACCUUUAGCCUGACUAAUUAACAAGCAUUACUAGUGACGUGGCAAAUUUGUUAAUUACUCUAAUGGUACUUAAUUUAGACAAUAUCAAUUUCAAUAUUUUCUGUAGCAUCUUUCUAAUGUACCUAUUUUUGUAAUAAAGGAAAUUAUACAGAA